AAAAAUUACUAGAAGUUUUUUACUACAUAUAAAUAUCUAAAAGGCUAAACAACUCUUCAAAAUUAUAGGACGAAAACUAAAAAUGCUAACAUGACAAAAAUAUUUUCAACUGAUAAGUAUUGUCUAUAUAGAUCUAUUUCUUCUAUUAUGUCCUAUAUUUUGCAAAAUUGCUUGGAUUUCAGAGAUGGUAGCUCUUUUGAGACAAUUUCUUUCCAGGUGGUUUUAGGUCUAUUUAAUCCUUUCUUACUACUUAACAUUUAUACAUUGAAGCAUCUCAUAAUUGACUUAAAAUAUAUGACCACACUAUCUCAAGCAACUUUCUCUCAUUUUAUUCUCGAUGAUAUGUGUUACUUGACAAACUUGUCAUUUCUGAAAAAUCCAUCCAUUAAAUUGACGUCAGUGAAAAUUAUUAAUCCAAGGAGUGUGUGCCCCUUUCCUUUGCUCACUAUAAAUAAUCACAUUUCUUUUCUCAUUUCUUCAAAUCUCCCAAUUACACAAAUUGAUCAAUAUGGAAAACUCCCUUAAGUAUCUUGCUAGUGAGAGCUUUUCAUAUAGUUGGUUGUUGAAUGAAAAUCCUUCUUCUCUUAAAUCCACCAUUCUUGAUGAUCACAAUGAAGCUACAACAUUCUUGACUUAUUCAAAGAGAUUCUUGGAAUUAGAAUCCCAAAAUUUCAACUUUGAUAUUAAUCCCGUUUUCUCUCUUGUUCAUGCUGAUGAAAUAUUUUCAGAUGGACAUAUUAUGCCCUUAUAUCUUGACACAUCAAAGAUUGGAUCUUUUCAAGAAACAAUUUGUAACUUUGACACUAGUUCAAUUUCUUCAACUCCUCUCACAUCCUUUUCUGCUAAAAACAGAGGAAAACAGAGGAAAUCAUGUAGCAAAAUCUUGGUCAAGAGGUUAAAAUUCCUUUGGUUGUUUUGCAAGAGUUUAGGCAAUUCAAGAAAAGGUUCUAAAGUUGAUGACUUUGAAAGAAAAGUUUUGGAAAUUGAUAGUAGAAAUUCACCAAAGGCAACUCCAUCUCAUUGUAUAGAUAUGGAGAACACAAUUUAUGAGGCCAUUCUGCAUUGUAAGAGAUCAUUUGGUAUGUUAAAUGAUCUUUGUGAUUGAUUUCUCAAAAUCCAAGCCAUAAAGUGCAACAUAUAUAUAUAUAUACACAUUAGUGGAAAGUUAUGAGUUCAGAUGAACCCGCGGUUAAAGGGCUAUCACUGCCCCUCCAUAUUUAUAUAUAAUGCUUUCGCAUGUACUUUUUCUUUCAUAUUUUUCUCCAAUUGUGUAUAUGAAGAUUUAAAUCAUAUUUUGAUAUUUUGUACAAUCCAAGGUGAAAAAAGUCAUAGGGAGGAGAACUUACUAUUUACUAGCAUAUCUUCUUUUAGGAUAAAAAUUUCUAAUUACUUUUCUUUUUUAUACCAUUUUGAAGCCUCUAUUACCAUAUUAUUAGUGCUUGGGGUUGGGGAUCCAGAUAUUCUAGAGAGAACAAAUUCUUGGAAAGAUGGCAAAAUGAAGAGUGUUUGAGAUUUCAGAGAGGAUCUACUCUUUGGAAUGAUUCUUGAAAAAAAUAAAAAAUUAUGGUGAGGUUAAAGUUGGAUAGGACCCUAAGGCCCCUCACAUUGUCUCAUUUUUUCUUUUUGUACUUGUUUGGGAUGGUUGUGCC